AUGCUGAAAAGCGAAGAGCCACCGAUUGGAUCGUGGCUCUGUGCUAAUGGCAAAUAUCGCGACUAUAUCGAGGCCUUGAGCGGGUCCAAUCCUGGCCUGAAGAAGGCCGAUCCAAACAACAAGGAUGAGCCACUGAAAUAUGGCAACGCGCUCGUCGCGCUUUUAGACGCUCCUCCUACUGGGGCAUCUGGUUUCACAACCACUGAAUUCAGAGGCGAGAAAGAGCUUGUUAAGCACUUUGAAUCCGCGGGGCACAACCACAACCGUCGGCGCAUUUAUAUCAUGGAGGGUCUGGCACCUGAUUUUGUCGCAGCCGUCGGCGGUCACUUUUUCAUGGAUCCUUCGUUCUUCCAGCGGCAAGAGAGGACAUGUGUCUGGAGUAACGACUUUACACCAGUGAGCGAUGCGUUGCCCCAACCUAGCUUACUCGACCCACGGCAAGCUUUCCAGCUCCAGUAUUGCGAGUUGCGACAGUUCAACAAGGCGCUCGAGAACCGCUAUUUCUUCUGCGAGCGAACGCGACGGCAUGUGGGCAUGACAGCAUCCCGUCAGAAGGAGAAUAGUACGAUCGGGAUACUACGGCGCAAAGUCGGCUGGUGGUCUCGCAAGACCGAGAACGGCGGCUGGGAUGUGGUCAUAUUGUGUGAUCCCCAGCUGCUUCAUCUAAGCCCUCCGCCCAAAGAAGUCGAUCCCGACGACAACACACUUCGUCCAAUCGCCAAUGUACGCGACGAACUUCAGAACACACCCUUUCAGGAAGGCUAUGUUGACUUCAUUCCGCCCGUCCCUCAUCAUCAAAUACAUAGCAAGACGCAACAUCCGCAUACGUCAAUGCUGCGCGACCUCCUUCACUACUACCAGCAACACUCUGAUCUGUUCUCCGAAGACGAGUGGGCUACGCCCAAUACAUCAGCAAUCUUCCUCAAGAAGAUAGUCGCUGCGCACUACCUCCAGCUUGUCGAUUACAUCAAAGCAAUGCUGCCUUCAUUGGAGCUUCGUCUUACUACCGCAUGGGUUGAAGAGCAGGGUCAAUGGAAGAGCUUGCAGACUAUUUCACGUCGGUGCGGCAACUAUCGCGACGAUCUUGAAGAUGCAUUACUCAGUCUCGACUAUUCGCUAGAUGGGCAGAUCAACAAGUCCGUCAGGUUGCAUGCGCACACGUGGAAAGACUGCGAGAAAGACUUCCAAUACGUCUACUUCCGUCUCAAGAUCCUUAAAGAAAGGGCCGAUAAUCUGAUCCAAGCCAUGACUGGACUGGCAUCGAUCGCGGGUAAUCGCCAGAACUUGGAGGAGGCCAAGCGCGUGAAACGACUCAACCUUCUCGCCCUGCUGUUCAUUCCCUUGGCAUAUACGAGCAGUUUGUUCAGUAUGCAAGACAACUAUGCACCGGACGACAAGUCCGUUCAUAGGCUGCUCUGCAAGGCGUAUCUAGAAUACAAGACACACAUCCCUCCUGAACCUGGACUGUUCAAGGCCAUCUUCUUCAACGCCAGAAAGGCCGCGCCCGAAUGGGUAUGGGUGAGGAUGACGUCUCAGCCCGGCGAUGAGGGCUUUGCUCUUCAAUACUAUCUAAUGCCAGAUGAUCAGAGAAAGGGACUUGUCAGCUGCGGGAACUCAUCCUACAACUGCGUUUUGAAACGCUCGCACGAUACUAUCCACAUGCUUGGCUGCCUUGAAGCCUGCCCCGCUUUACCGGAUCAACUAUGUCUGACUGGCUUCUCAAACCAGAGCAUGAAGAAUAUUGCGCCCGAGCUACUGCAAUGCUGCAAAGGCAACAUACUCUUCAUCGGCCACCGCGCACAUCUCGACAUGACCAGUUUCCGGCAUAUCGUCGACAUGAUGCACAUGGAGUACGAUAAAUCACGCCGCCAAAUUGGACACAAAACAAAGGGCUACAUCCCUGGUGUCCGCAUCAACUGCAUCGGUGAUCGGCUGGUCAGUGAUCGCCCAUCACUCGAGGCUUACAAAGUCACCGACAGCUUCUACGAAAAAGACGAGAACCUCCUCAUGUGGAUCGCGUCCAAACUCGGUAUCGAUCUUUUUGCUCGCACUAUACCACCAGCACUGGCCUGGAGAAACCGUAGCGGUGGCUACAAAGGCUUGAACCAUGCUUGGAACUUCGGCUUCGCACAACUCAACCCUUCUGAGUGGUCAGCCAGCCUGGGCAGUGUGUAUGUCGCGAGGAAAGACAAGAAGCCAUUGUUUGUCGCUCACAUCGCAGCUCUGAUGGCAUAUCUAUACUCCAUCGGUAGUGAGCAAGUUCGGGAAAUACUGGAUAGCAAGGAGCCGUGGAACCUAGCCUCCAAGUUCGACGAGGCUUUCGAGAUGCACAAUAACGUGUUACUUGAAAAGGCUUCUAGAGCGGAUUUCGAGCGGUUUUGGAUGAAUUGGAUGGAAGAGGAAGGGCGAUGGAAGUAUGGGGAUGUCUCUUCACCGUAUGCGGUCUAG